CAAUAAAUAGUCCUUGGCAUUGAAUGAUGUUUUCCACAUUUUACUCUCUCUUUGAGUCAUUCAGCCUCAAAAACAAACACAGACUUUUUCCCUCCGGCGAAAAAAAUGGACAAAGAACAGCAACAACAUCAACAAAACACCUCCGCCGUGAAACGAACACUUCUCAUUUUCAAUUGCUUUUUAUUGGCAGUCGGUAACUGCGGCGGUCCUCUUGUUAUGCGUUUGUAUUUUGUCCACGGCGGAAACCGUGUUUGGCUUUCCAGCUUUCUAGAAACCGGCGGAUGGCCUAUUAUUUUCAUCCCUCUUCUAAUUAGCUACAUCCGUCGCCGCCGUCUCGCCGCCUUGGACCCAUCGGGAUCUGCCGACUCCUCCCAGAUCAUCUUCAUGAAACCACGGCUAUUCUUAGCCUCCGCGGUCAUCGGCAUCCUCACCGGCUUCGACGAUUACUUGUACGCUUACGGCGUGGCUCGACUACCGGUUUCCACGUCGGCUUUAAUCAUCGCCUGCCAACUGGCUUUCACCGCGGGAUUCGCGUUCUUGUUGGUCAAACAGAAAUUCACAUCCUAUUCUAUAAACGCAGUCGUUUUGCUUACUAUUGGAGGGGCAGUUUUGGCGUUACACACAAGUGGUGACCGUCCUGCCGGAGAAUCCAAUAAAGAUUACAUCGCUGGGUUUUUAAUGACGGUUGCCGCCGCGGUUGUGUACGGAUUCAUUCUGCCGCUUGUUGAAUUAACAUACAAAAAAGCCCGACAACAAAUCACUUACACUUUAGUCUUAGAGUAUCAGUUAAUCAUGUCUUUGUUCGCCACGAUUGUAUGCGUCAUUGGCAUGUUAAUCAACAACGAUUUUCAGGUAAUCCCAAGGGAGGCAGAAACAUUUGGAUUGGGAAAGUUCAGAUACUAUUUAGUAUUAGUAUUAAGCGCCAUACUUUGGCAAGGUUUCUUUUUAGGAGCUAUUGGAGUUAUCUUUAGCUCAUCGUCUCUAUUUUCAGGAAUAGUAAUUGCCGUUCUCUUGCCGGUGACCGAAAUUCUUGCCGUUAUCAUUUUCAAUGAGAAAUUUCAAGCAGAAAAGGCUGUUUCUUUGGCACUAAACCUUUGGGGAUUUGUGUCUUAUUUUUACGGUGAAAUUAAGAACAAUAAAAAGAAGAAGCUAGAGCUCCAAAGAUACGAAGAAACAGCGAGUACUCAAAUUACAAAUGUCUAAUUAAAUUAAACAACCUUUUGUUUUUAUUUAUUGAUUUUAAAUUUAAGAUUGUUGUUGUAUCGAGAGAUCAUGAUGAGUAAUAUGGUGUAAGUUUGUGUAUGAUAUUGUGUUUAAGGGAGUGGAUGCAUAUGGUGUGUGUCAAGGAUUUUGAUAUAGGUGGGUGGAUAUAAAAGUUAUUUUGGAAA